UUGGUCCAUCCGUCUCGGCGUACUCGGCGGACAUACAUUAAAAAAAUAUAUAUAUAUAAUGAUCGAAUUGGGUAACCUCCUUUUUCGAAAUCGGUUAAAAAAUCGACUUGAACACUUACUUGGUACUCUGAAUCUCACUCUUUUUGGAGCUUCGCAUUCCGGAAGAACUGUACGUUUUUCGUUCAAGUAACACUUCCGUUUGUAGAAAUGUGCAAAUGUCUUAAAUCCGCACAUUUUGGUAAACGAAUAUCGUCCUAGCCAAUCGAAAAAAAAAAAUUAAUGGAUGAACGUUUCUGCAGGAGGUAUGAACGCGAUUGAUUACUUAUAGCAGACAAUAAUUUCAAAAUGUAAAUCGUUGCAUAGACAUGGGAAGAUGAUUAAUUUUUAUACGACGUGCGGGCUUAACGAGAAUCCCCUCGAUGAGUUUGUUGCCAAAAUGGUAAAAUAUAAUACUGGCAUGAUUCCGCUUUUGAGUCAUUCGAUCGAUUAAACCAGAAGAUAUUUGGCCUAGUUCCUACGGGGUCUAAUCGAUAAGGCAGCGCGUUAUCUUUUUAUUUGAAUCAAUUGAUCAAUACACCACGUAACGCAGGAUGUAUUUGCUCGUGAUCUGAAAUAUCUACUUACUAAAGGAAUAGUAGAAAUAUUCUUUACACGGUACAGCUACAAUUGAACGCUCCCUGGAAAACACUGUGGAACCCUUUCUUUUGUAUUCUGCAGAAACGACACUCGCCAGACUGAACUACUUCGAAAGGCUUUGUAUUUUACAAAAUGUAGCAAUAAUUUUACAAAUUCGCAAUUGAACCAUCCUCCCUAGAAUUUUCUUUACAACUUCCCAGCUGACGUAGAACCGUAAGGGUGCUCGAUGACAUGUAGUUAAGCGAUUACGGUUCAAUAAAAUAUGAGUCGAAAAGCACGAUGCUAUGACAGAAAGAUAGCGAUAAAAUCAACAGAUUGUUUCUCGACCUGUUCGAGCAUUCAGUAAAAAUGCGGACAUCGAAGAACAAAGAAUUUGCUUACGCGAUGAGACCGUUCAAGAUUCUCUCCUGGUCUAUGGGCAUUUGGCCUCUUCAAGUUUACAAUUCGUUCGCCUUCAUACGUUACCUUUUCGUGGUCGGCAUUUUGUUAUUAAUGGUAGUGAUCCUGAGCACAGAAAUGUAUCUGGAUGGAAGCGAUGCCGAAGCGAAUCUCGAUGCUUUAAUGAUGUCCGGAUGCGGUAUUUUAGCAGUGUCGAAGGUGACGUGUUUCCGUAUUUACUCUUCGAGAUUGAUCAUCAAUUUUUCCUCGGCUGCGAAAGAUUACAAUGAGCUCGACAAUGAGCUCGACAACGACGACGAGAAACGAACGAUCAUGCGACGACACGCGUACAUGGCCAAAGUAACGCUUAUCAGUAUGGUAUUUUCCGCAAAUUUCUGUGCAGCUAUCUUUGCCAUUUUGCCUGUAUUGCUAAGUAACGAAGAGGAGAGCAACGUGACCGUGGAAGAUACAGUGACAUACCCAAUGCCUUCGGCACACGUUAUAGAGCUGGUUAAGUUUCCAGAGAGUCUACAACUGAUCGUUUUCUUUACGGAAUUCUUGAUGUUGGUGGUCACCAGUAUGGGAAACCUUGGCAGCGAUGCAUUUUUCUUUGGUAUCGUUUUUCACCUGUGCGGUCAAGUGGAGAUACUGAAAAUGAAGUUUAGCAGAGCGAUCGACGAUAGUGGUAGAGGUGCGGAAAAUUUACACUUGUUAAUCAACAGACACGAUUAUUUAUUGAAAUUAAGCGUGAUGCUGAACGAUACAAUCAGUUUGGUUUUGGCUAUGCAACUGUUAUCCAGUUGUAUACUUAUUUGUACGUGCGGAUUUCAGUUUAUCCUCGCGCUGCACGAUGGAAAUGUUGUGAUGGUGAUAAAAACGUUCAUCAUACUGAGCACUUUGAUGAUACAACUGUACGGGUACAGUUACGUGGGUAAUUACUUGAAGUGCCAAAUGGAUGAAAUCGGAUACUCUUCGUACAAUUGCAGCUGGUACAAACUUCCAACAAACGUGGCCAAGGAUAUUGUGAUCGUGAUCCUAAAUGCUCAGAAACCGGUUCAUCUAAUGGCUGGAAAGUUCUUCGUCGUCAAUCUGGAGGGUUUUAUGAGCAUUCUGAAGACCUCGAUGUCGUAUCUCUCGGUUCUACGCGUAAUGAUUAACGCAUGAUUCAUCUAUACUAUUUAUCGCGAUAGUUUUAGCGCUAGUAGCACCUAAUUUCUUUGAAAAAGGAAGGACGUAAAAUUAAUAAAGUAAACGUUGAAUCUUUUCUAACAAAGAUUAUCAGAUGAAAUAUUUCCUCGUUUAAUAGCUACAGUCGCAGCCGUGACAUUUGUAUAACGUGUUUUCGUUGUUAUUGCGGUAUGCGUGGGUGGCACAUUGGCAGCGCCUUGAGCUACCUUUAUGGAGCAACGUCGCUAUGGACUAUUAAACUUGACCUACAGACGGGAUCGCAUGCCAAGUAUGUAGACGCGGACGUGUCGAUCGAGGACGACUAUCAAUCGGAUAUUUGUUCUCAUAAAAGCAAGAAACAACUCGGCUCGUUUCGCGAUCA